UACAGGUACACGGAAAGAGACGUUACCCAAAGAAUUUAAUCACAUAAACAGCAAAAACAGUUUAAAAUGUAGUAUCAAAAAUAAAUUCAACCAACUGUGCGUAUUAUAAUAGUUACAGUGAGUAUAGUAACUGAUAAAUGCCGCUGCCUGUAACACUCACAACACUAACUAAAGACAGUUUAAGAAGGAAUAUUAACGACAUUGACCGACAGAGGGCAGGUAACCUAGAAUCCGUCAGGUCCGGUUAAAAAGAUAAAUCAAAAUUAGCGAAGAAGACAUGGAGCUCGUUCUGUUUCACGCUACUCGUCUAUAACACUUACUACUAAUACAUUAACACCAUAAUGUUUGGUGUUGGUUGAAUAGCUAAUGACCGGUUGUAUAGAGAGGAAGCAGCAGUCACGACACCCAGACAGAGGACAUUUGGAGCCAUGGCAGCCUCGCAGUCUGUGCUAACGUUUGCAGUGUGCAUCCUCAUGAUAACAGAGCUGAUACUUGCCAAGAAGGACUACUAUGACAUACUGGGAGUACCUAAAGGGGCCACCGAGCGCCAGAUAAAAAAAGCUUUCCACAAGCUUGCAAUGAAAUAUCACCCAGAUAAGAACAAGAGCCCCGACGCUGAAGUGAGAUUCAGGGAAAUUGCUGAAGCUUAUGAAACAUUAUCAGAUGAGACAAGAAGAAGAGAGUAUGAUCAGUUUGGUGACACUACUGCGUACUUCAGUGGAGAGACCCAAGGCAGACACAGACAGGGUGGCCACCAGCCUUUCAGCUUCAGUUUUGAUGACAUAUUUAAGAACUUUGACAUCUACAGCCAGAACAGGCACGCCCGUCACCUAAGACACUUUGAUGAACACUCCAGGUCUCACAGCCGACAUAAAAGACACUUCCAGGGUGGUUUUGGAGCAGGGAUGAUCAAUGAUAUGUUUGAUGAUAUUGAAAGAAUGUUUACUUUUGAUAGACACACCAAACAGACUGAAAACCGGUUUCAUGGUACGUCAAAACAGCACUGUAGAACAGUAACACAGCGCAGAGGAAAUAUGGUAACCACAUACACAGACUGCACUGGAUCUUAGGAUCCAGUGUAAAUGACUUAAAAAGUUACUUAAAAAUGCCUUAAAAGCAUACAAUAUUGUUGUAUUGUUCAGUAGAAGAAAGCCAGUUGGUUUAAAAUACUGUGAAAUAGGAACAUUUAUGUUAAGCACUGACAUUCAGGAAUGACAGGCACUGAAUAAACAGGCUAUUUAGCUUAGUUUUAAAAUUACAUAAGCUACCUUUUCCUAAGAUAUUUCCUGCAUAUAUUCAUGAGCUCAUGAAUGAUCGAUGUUUUUUUUUUGUUUGUUUGUUUGUUUUUCGCUUAGUGGUGGAAGUGAGCUGUUUUGUCAGUAUUUUUUCCAAGCACCUUUUUUUGCUAAUGGCGUUUUAAAAAUAUUGUUACAGUUGUGGGCAAAAAGAAACAAAUAUGUUGCUCAAUAUUGCACAGAAAUGUAUGUGUUUCUAGUUCCUGUACCACUGUUUUGAACAGGUUCUUUGAAUAGGGUUUGUUAUUGUAACUCUACAGUUGAUCCAAUACUACAGGCAGAAGCAAUGGCAGCCAGAUUUGUUUUGCUUUUAUUUGCCAAAUGAGCAGAAACAAAAACCUGUGAACCUCCACACGUUGGUUUUGUUUGUUUUGUGUUUUGAGUUUUUACUUGAAAUAAUAAAAUAUUCUUGAAUGCACCAGUGCCAGUCCUAUUUUUAUUAACAUCAUUUGUCAUGAAAUCACAGGCAGUUCAAUUGGAAAUAAAUUUAAGAUAUCUGGAAAGCUGAAGUAAUAGAGAAAUGUUUGGAGCUUGGAUUUUAGUGGAAGUUGCCUGAAAAUCUACAGUGGUUUGGCACCUAAUGCAAUUAAUUUAUAAGCUUCUCAUGUUAAUGUUUCAGACCUUUUGCAUUUUUUAAGAAAAUAUUUUCACGCUGGCAAAAUAAAGGUACAUAUGAUACAACAGAACGACACAGACCACUACAGAAUGUCUUUGAUGGUCCUCAGUAUAAUUUGUCAAAUAUAAACUCAGCACAGAAAGUAAUAAAAUUUAUGUUUGGUCAUUUAUUUCUUUUUCGUAACAAUGCUUCAUGCAUUGAAUCUGUUUUUUUUUUUUUCUCCUUAAAUGGUGCCACAUUUGUAAGGAAAAUAAAUCAAAAUAGAUCAACCUUGUAAGCUGCCAUAAUAUCCAAAGCAUAACAUAUUUUUUAUUUUAAUGGAACUGCAGUUUGAUCACCAUGUUUGCUUUCUGAUAGUCUGAUUUGUCAUAUAUUAAAAUGCUUCUUUAUUGAUAAAAAGGAAAAAAUGUCAGUGUUGUUUCAAUCGGUUGGGCUAUUUCCAAGUUAAAAACCUAUUUUGUGUUUGGCUGUGUGUAAAGUAACUUGUAGAAGGACAUUUAAAGCUAUGAGCUGACUCGGGCGGAUUUAAGCUUUCAGUGUGAUUUAAAUAUUACAAACAUCAGUGUUCCUUCAGUUUUAUCACCGCUAACAUUCAUUGUUGGUUCGCUCCUGUAUAAAUUAUUUGACACUGUGCUGUAAUAUUGUAAAAUGA